CGCAAGGACCGGGGCUGGGAUACUACAUCCAGGACGAGCGUAGAAGUAAUUCGGAGGAACAUCAUGAGGGAGAAGAUGGCUGCAGUUUUCGGGAUGCUCUUGGAGGAUUUGACCCAUAUCAAGCAAAUCCAGAGGCGUGGUGGAAAAUGUUUUGCGAAGCAUCGAACCGUCCCGCUGGUGAAAAUGUUGCUUUUAAUACGAGCAAAGAUGUUAUUGCAUCGUCACCCUCGUCUCCUUCGUCAGGGGAACAUCUUCCAGGCACCGAUGGGGCUACUUCGCAUUCGAUUCGUCUAGAACUCGCCAGUGCACAAAAAGCACUCGUCUACAGAACGAAGGGACGAAGCACCGAAAUACAACGACAGCUGAACAACCUUCAGUAUCGUAGUGCAAGCGACUGGCUUUGGGGGCUAACGCUGUCAGUGAUGGGUACACUAGCCGGUGGGAUGAACGACCAGGCACAGCAGGGCGAAGGCGAACAAGGAGGGUGGAGCAAAAAUAGCAC